AAUCAACUUCACAUUAGUUUCAGGUAAAAAUGGUUUCACUGCGAGAACUCACAGAGCAACGAGGUAACCAGGGCAGAGAAGGAGAGGAGGAAGGGGUUUUAGCCGUGGAGCCUAUCACUAUGAUAGUGCCAUCGGAGUUGCAGGAUGUACCGGAAACAGUGGCGUCUGAGAGCAGCGCCAGUUCCCGUACCAGAGAUGACGGUGACGACCACCCUAGUGCAUCGUCAAGCAGCUCGUCUACAGAAGAGACGCCCAGCCGUGAAGAAGGGGCGGGGGAUUUGGUGAGCAGUGUCUCAGAUCGGCCGGUUAUUGGGGAAUGGGAAGGUGCGAUGAUCCCGGGCAGGUUGAGUAACCUACGGAAAGCACCGAAGGACCUGCCCGCUGGAUUUAGGUUCAAGGCUGCACUUCAUCACGAAGUAGCAGAUUGUGCGCCCUCCAUAAGUGGGUAUAAACGACUGGAGGAGAUGGUGAGGGCGUACCACAUCCCCAGGACCAUAUUGCUGCGGACAGGCGGGCAGAACGAAAGGGCGUGCACUGUGUCGCGAACAGGCUGGAUUCCAGUGUAUGCGGACCAUUUUGACGCCGGCCUGCGGUUUCCCCUGCCCGGCCUGGUAUUCGAUCUGCUCGCGGAGUACGAGCUGGCUCUGACACAGCUGACGCCCAACAGCAUAAGGUUCAUUGUGGGCUUUAUGCUGUUGUGUGCGAGACUGGAGGUACCGGCCAAGGCAAUAGUGUUCAGGUCGCUGUUCCAGUGCUGGCUGUGUCCAAAUUCAGGAGGGGCGAGAUGGUACUACCUCUCUGGGAGGGAUAAGAGCCAGCUCUUCAAGAACGUGAGGAAUAAAGUGGCGCGGUGGAAAAGGCAGUUUAUCUUUGUUCGCGACACACGAACAGAAAGGAUAAGCAAUGACCUGGCUGCCCGGCUGUCUGAUUGGCGCACGCCGAACGCCCACAUCAACUAUCCCCAACUGCUGCCUCGAGAUGUCGAUCUGAAGAACCAGCUGCUUCAGCAUGCACAGAGGGAGGGUCUUAUAGAUCUAGAAGCCCUGGUUACCUCGGAGCAUCUCGCCAUAGCCGGGUUUGUCGAUGUGACAAACCUGUUCAGCGAAGGCGAAAUGAGCAGCAUACUGGAGCGUCAGCGUCAACGUGCCCAGAGUUCCCGAGGCCGCGGGGCGGGCAGCUCCACGCAGAGGCAGACGCGGUUUGAUGAGCGGCCACCUGCAGCGCCUCAAUCACGCAGCUCGUCUCAUCGAGGAUCCAGCUCAUCUUCUCGACCGCGGGCUGAUCAGAGGGUAGAGGUGGCGGCUCCCAGUGCACGCAGGUGUGCACGUGAGGAGACGGAGGGCGAUGAGGAUGAGGUCCCCCUUGCUAGGCGCAUAAGAAGCGGGGGGACCCAGCCCGCACAGGCGGCUCGCCCUAUUACCGUGCAUUCUCCCAACGCACCGUCAGCAACUGUGCGGGCAGCAGCGGAGCCCGCCUUUGCAUCAGCUUCGACAUCUGGCCCCAGGAUUGCUUAUCCUGAGGGUUUCAGCUACACGCGAGCGGAGUGCCAGCCCACCAUGGUGCAGGCCAUGCACAGUUUUGUGCCCCCGACAGAUAAUCGGCGGGCAAAAGCGUUCGUGCAGCAGCAUGGCGGGCAGGUCGCCAUGAUCAAGCUAAUGGAUGCAUUCAACUACGCUGUGGCGCUCUACGAGAGCGAUCAAGCGGCUCGUACACAAAACAGCGAGCUCGGUUCCAAGUGCAAGCAACUGGCUGCUGAGAAGGCCAGCCUUGUGGACGAUGUGAAUCAUCUGCAGGGUUCUGAAAUGGUGAACCGAGCAGCGGCUGCUGAGAGCCGGGCGGACGAGCUCGCGAAUAAGAUUGAUGAGCUCAAGGAGGAGCUAGAGCGAGCCCGUGCCAAGAGAGAGAGCGGAAUUCAAGCAGCAAAGGAUGAGGCCGCUCGGGUUGAAGAGCGGGCAAAGAAAGCUGAGGCUGACAGGGAUCACGCUCAGCACGAGCUGAGCUCCCUGAGGCAGCAAGUCGCCGAGGCGGACAGAAACCUUACUGCUGCCGGGGAAUCGCUAAACGAGCUGAAGGCUUCCCAUGCCCGUUCCGUCGUCAUCGCCCGGGCUCAAGGGGCGGAAUGGCUCGUGGGCUCGGCUGUGUUUCAGGACGCUGUGGCGGUGGCGUCAGCAAAUGUAACCACGGAGAUCUACAACGAGAUCCGUGGAAAAGUGCUGCAACAUCGCCCGGACUUUCCGAUCCGCGAGCUGGUCUUUUUUGACGAGGAGGAGCUCGACGAGCAGGGUAAGAGCCUUGCUCCCCUCGCUGACACAACCGUGAGGCUGAGGUGGGAUUUGAACGAGGAGGGUGUGCCCGUCUGGCCACCGUCUGUGCUGGAGGACGGGGAGGAUCCAGCAGGACUGUCCUCCUUUGACGCCUGGGUAGAGGGUGCUCCUGUGGCUGAGCAGGAACCUUCAAGCACCCCACCCAACUCUCAGCCCGCUGUGUUGCCGGCCAGCUCGCCCGUCAACGCACCAGCCACUGAGCCAGUAGCCCGGUCUCCCCCAGCUCGCUCUCCUGCAACUGCUGCUGAUGCAUCUAUGCCCGUCGAUCUGACGGAUGACUAGAUUUAGGGUUUUUUUCUUUUGACUUUUUUGUACCUUGUUUUUGCAUUUUGUAUUUGAUCAAUGAAUUCAUAGCAUGUACCUUCAAUGUAAAUGUCUUUGAUGAAAUACAAAAUGAACUUUUCU